CUCCGCACGGGUCGCCAUGUCCCUGCUGGCACCCAAUCUUUUUGUCGGCAACUCGUGAGCAUCCUCUUCCUCCUAGGAAGAAAUGUUACCAGAUCAACCUCCAGCUAGCGUGUGCGUUCCCACCAGCAGCAGGACCAAGCGCGCAAAAGGAACGAGGCGGGAGGGACGGUGGUGAUGCGUCAAUGGCGAAGUCGUCGUCGUCCACGCAUCGCCGUGGGUAUAAAUCUGCAGCUGCGCGCGCAGCAAGAGCGACACCAAGAACUUUCCCAUCAAAAAGAGCGAAAGCAAGAACAGUUGCUGGAAAUGGCGGGCGGCGGCGGCGGCGACAACUCUUCCUGGCCGAUGGCCCUCCGGAGCGCGGCCCACCCCCAGCACGAGCUGGCCUACCAACUCCUCCGCCGCGACCGCUGCGACCUCUGCGGCGGCACCAUCGCCGGCGAGUUCGGAUACCGCUGCGACGCCUGCAACUUCGACGCGCACGGCGGCUGCCUCCGGCCGGACCCCCGGACCCAGGCCCGGACCGCGCUGCCGGUCUUGCCCACGGCGAACGCCGGCCACAAGCCGCCGCCGCCACCGGUGGUGCAGCCCAGGCCCAGGCCGAACCCUUCAAGCUACGCCGCCCCAGCGCCGCCCAAGACACAGGUCAACCUGGCCUUGUCCGGCCACUUGGGCUUGCACCUGCACCAGCACGGCGCGCAGACCUCGGGCGCCAAUCAUCCUGCUGCAUUCAUGCACCAUCACUAUCCUGAGGCGCAGCACAACCAUGGUUAUUACGGGAACGGAGCAGGCCCCGGUGUCCCGGUGAGCUACAACCAUCAGCAACAAGACUACCCGGCCACCAACGACCAUGGAGGGUACAUGGAUGACUACAAUGGAUAUGCGGAUGACUACGACGAUGCAAGGGAUUUUGGAGAUGCAAGGGAUGAUGAUUACUACGAUGACUACUUCUAGACUUUUUUGUUCUCGCCCUGCACCCAGCCAUAUAGUUGUGAUUGAGCAAUGUUGUUGGACCUUCUACUAGUAAACCACUCGGGCUGGUGCCUGCCCUUGUGUAUAUGAAUGGACUUCGUAUGUGUAUCGUGCUAUACAUACAGCUCAUAUCAUAAUAUACAGAGCCUGUGCAAUAUGUCGGUAUAUCUAUUGUAAAAUUGAGGCGCCUUGGCUGUGUGCAGCGUAUAAGUAGUAUCUGUUUGCAA